AUGCCGAUUCGGCCUACCAAACGUCAUCGUAACCGACAACGGCAAGCAAUUCGAUUGCUCACGGUUUCGGCAUCUCUGCUCCCGGUUCAACAUCAGCAUCUUCUUUGCAUCCCCGGCACAUCCACAAUCGAACGGACAGGUGGAAGCCAUCAACAAGAUCAUCAAGAAAACACUGAAGAAGAAGCUGCGAGCCGCCAGGGCAAUUGGCCGGCCAUACUACCAGAAACACUCUGGGCCAUCAACACCUCCUACCGAAGGUCAACUGGAGAGACACUGUUCCCCUUAGCCUUCGGUACCGAAGCUAUAGUACCAGUGGAGGUACAUGCACCCAUAUGUCGAACGGCAUCUUACGACCUUCAGCAAAAUGAACAGCGGCUCGCCCUCAACCUUGAUCUCAUUGACGAACACUAA